GUCUGGUAAACAGACAUGGAAGCACCUGGUGAAGACCUCCACACAGGCUGAGCACCGCAACUCGUUCUUUCUCGCCGUGUCCUACCCGCGCUGCCCCUCGCAUCUAGUUGAUUUCAAUCGGCCCGGCGUUUGUUUACACGUACGGCAACCAGAGGAUUGAUAUCUUCUUCAGUGUAUGCGGGAGCCACUGAGAACCCAAACUGAUGUGGAUCAGCUGACUGAGUUACAAAUAAGUUACUUUUUUCCUUAUUUGCCAAGCGGAAAGAAUGUCGGAAAGGGCCGAGGAUGACGUCAGGGGGGAGCAGCGCCGAGCAGCCAGGCAGCAGCUGAAGCAGCAGCAGCAGCCGAGCCAGCGGGGAGAAGGCUCCACAGCAAUGGCGACUGUUGCGGAGCGGAGAUCCCUGCCGAGUCCAGAAAUAAUGGUGGGACAGCCUUGGAGCAGCUGGGUCGACGCCGCCAAACUCCACUGCAACGACGGUGCUGAAUUGGAGGAAAGUUUCAAAGACUUGGGGAAAAAUCGCGAAGCCAUGCGUUUGUGCAGAGAAGAUAUGCCUUUAUUUGGCCAGUAUCCCGCGCAAGAUGACUUCUACCUGGUGAUGUGCAGCCACUGUAGUCAAGUAGUCAAGCCCCAAGCCUUCCAAGCACAUUAUGAGAGAAGACAUAAUUCUACCAUCAAGUCAGCAUCCACCUCGCCGUUCCAUUUGAUGGGAAGAAACAGGAGUAGUAGCAGUGGUCUCGGGCUUGGACUUGCCUCAGGGUCUCUCACUGGAGUGACUAGUGGAGGGAUUGUUAGCCGAACCUCAACUGCUGGAUCUAACUUCUCUCCCUCUGCAACAUCCUCCUCCUCAAAUCCCAAACUAGUCAAACCAGCCAAAGACAAGGUGUCAGGCAUCCAGCGAAGACCUCCCUUUCCCCCAUUCAGGAUGCUGCAGCCGGACAAGAUCCUCACCCCGGCUGUCAAGGUGGAGAAGAUGCAUCUGAAUGUGGACUCGUCAGCUAAGCUGGUGCAGGUCCCCGCUACUCCCGCCACCACCACAUCCUCUUCUACAUCCUCCUCUAGCACCACUGUGAGCUCCAACACUACCACCACCACCACCAUCACCACCUCCUCAUCCUCAGCCCUUAAACCAGGCCUUAACUGUCCCUCCAUACCAAAGCCUCCCUUACUGGCACCGGGUCAGAUCCCCAACGGUAAAGGCCACCUGUCAAUCCUUUCGGACAAGAAGCAGGAGAGCAGCAGCAGCAGUGCCAGUAGCAGACGCCACCUGAACAAGAAAGUGACAGAGCGCGAGUUCAAUCCAGAUAUUCACUGUGGAGUUGUGGAUGUGACAGCUCGGAAAACCUGCACAAGAUCCCUAACGUGCAAGACACAUUCCUUGAGCCAGCGGAGGGCAGUGCCAGGGCGGAGGAAGCGCUUUGACACAUUGCUGGCAGAGCACAAGAAUAGAACAAAGGAGCGGGAGAGAGAACUCCACCAAACCCAUUCGCAACAACUUCCCCCUCUCAGGGACCCACACCCCUCCCUUCAUCUCCCUACUUCUUGUGAUGUCCAUCCGGUGGCUCAUGGCAACGGCCUUGCCCCAGACGCCACCAAGAUUCUGCCAUCCAACAGACCUAAAUUUCACAGCCCUGGUCUUCCACGAUUAAAUAACACUCAUGGGGCUGGUACCCCAGCAGACCCUGCAAUAGCCAACGAGUCACCGCACCAUCCCCAAAGUACUCCCGAUGGGUUUUCUCGAGCCUCCAGUGAUGAGGGAGAGAAUGAGGAGCGUGAGGAGAACGCUGAGAAACUGCACUGUCACUAUUCAGGUUAUCACCCUCGACCGGUAGCUUACUGUAAUUUUGGAAGUCGACUGUUUGGGAGAGGCUGUUACGCAUUUGACAGGCGUUGGGACAGAAUGCGAUGUGCUCUCUCUACAAUGAUGGACAAGCACGUCAACUCUCAGAUGUGGAAGAAAAUCCCCUUGGCCUUGGAGAACAGCUCUUCCUUUGCACCUCCCCAUAGGACAAGCACAAAUUCCCCUGGUAGCACCCCAUCUCCAGGCUUCCUGAGCCCCCCUGCGACCAUGUCCCAGACCCCCUAUAGCCAAUCCUUUGAGGGCAAGCCUGUGCUCUCCUAUGGGACAACCUUAAAUGCCCACAGCUCUCCGCAAGGAGGGCCUGAGCACCCGACCUACAGCACCACACAGGCCCGACAAGUGUCUUCGUCGCCACAGAUGCCUUCAGCCCACUUGUCUUCAUCCUCCUCACCAUUAGCUCCCUCACUGGCCUCAGGCCGGGCGCUUAAGUCCCGUCCCUCCAGCAGCAGCACUACCAAGUCAUUGUCCUUCAGGCCCAAGGAGCUCUCCACUGGCUCCUCCACACCCGUCAUCCCCACCUCAGUUGGCGUGGGCGGUAACAGUAGCACCAACAGCUUCAGCUCGGGAAAGAAAAGAAAGAACAGCUCUGUCCUCCUGUCGUCCCACAGCUCAUCAGAACCUGCUAAUGCCAACUAUUCUCCCUCGUCCUCUUUCAAGAAGAACUGUGCAAAUGUCGGCAGCUCAGGGAGCACCUACCACCACAGCUCACUAGGUUCUUCAUCCUCUUUCUCCUCGUUAUCUUCCUCCCACAGUGGAGUCCACAGUGUGGGCCUCAACUGUGGCCCCAGCGUACGUACAAACUCUCUCAGCCUCAAGGCUGAGCCUUCCGCAGGGUCAGCAGGCGGCUCCUCAGGCCCACCGGCGCGAGGUCCCCCCUCGGGCAGCCCAGCCGAGUCCAUCAAGCGUAUGAGUGUGGUGAUGAACAGCAGCGACUCCACCCUCUCUCUGGGGCCUUUCGUCCACCAUCAGUCCUCAACCGACCACCAUACCAGCUUCAGCCACCACUCCUCAGAUAGGCGCCUGGAAGGCAAGAAGCGUAAAAGUUCCCCUGCCUGCAGCAGCAUUAACAGUGGCACUGGGGGAGGUGGACUCGGGGGGGGAGGUGGGGGUCCUGUACCGGGUCGACCCAAGGUGUCCAAGUCGCCAGCCAUUAACAACAUCCUCGGGAAGCACGGACGGAACAUUCCAGGGACGCCGGGGCUGCCUAACAACUCCCAUUUACAUCAGCCAAAGGCUCGUCCCUGACAGUGGUGUCAGCCCGCAGAGUGUGUGGAUGCGGCACGAUGAUGGGACGUAGUCUGGAGCAAUCUGCUCUGGACUGUACGAGGCCUUCUAAAACGAAAACCCACAUUACGCUCAGUUUCCCACAAUCCUCAGGUUGGAGAUGAUCUGGACUGCCCAGUGAAGUCAAAUGUUCGUACUAUUUCUCCCAAAGCCAUGUCUGUUGGAGGCGUGGCGGGGACAAGUGGUGCUCGAUGGGCAUACGUCACGCUUGGAGCCGACCACAUACCUCCACAAGCAUGGUACUGUGCCGGUAUUCCGAGUGGUCUUCCAGACAGUCCCAGCGCGGGACGGAGAGUGACAGCCAUGAGUUUCCGGGGUGCACUUUGGUUCCGGUCAAGAGCUGUUGUGAGCUCUAUGGCCACAAGCUGUCAUGACGCUGAGCAAGUGGGGAGACAGCAAGCCGAUCUCUUCCUUGUGUGUGUGUGUGUGUGUGUGUGUGUGUGUGUGUGUAAAGAAUGUGAACCCUUUGGAAUUUGUUACAUUUCUGCAUGAAUUUGUCAUCAAAUGAAGUCAGAUCUUUAUGUAAAUCGCAAGAAUAAACAGUCUUUUUAAACUAAUACCAUAAAAACAAUGACAUGGUUUCAAAUGUUCAGAGGAAAACGUAAACAUUUGCAGCACAGGGAGGAAAAAGUAAGUGAACUCUUGGUUGUAAUAACUGGUUGACCCUCCUUUGGCAGCAUUAACAUCAACUAAACAUUUCCUGUAGUUGCAGAUCAGACAUGCAAAACGAUCAGGAUGAAUUUUGGACCAUUCCUCUUGACAAAAGUGUUAAGGUUCAAGUUUCCUGGGAUGUCUGGUGUGAAUAGCUCUGUUGAGGUCAUGCCAGAGCAUCUCAAUCAGGUUGAGGACAGGACUUUGACUGGGCCACCCUAAACAUUAUUUCUUCUGACGCCAUUCUGUUGUUGAUUUGCUUGUGUUUUGGAUCAUUGUCAUGCUGUGGCAUGAUUUCAAAAGAGCUAUCCACACCAGGCAUCACAGGAAACGUGCUGAACUGCAACAGUUUUGUGAAGAGGAAUGUUCCAAAAUUCAUCGUGAUUGUUGUGCACAUCUGUUCUGCAACUACAGAAAAUGUUUGGUUGAGAUUAUUGCUGCCAAAAGUGGGUCAACCAGUGAAGUGUUCACUUACUUUUACCUCCCUUUCCUGUGAAUGUUUAUUUUCACUAAGAAUAUGAAAACUAGAUUUUUGGUGUGCUAUUAGUUUAGGCACACUCUUUAUUCUUGUGAUUUACAUGAGCAGACUACAUUUGAUGACCUAUUUAGGCAGGAAGUUAAGAAAUCCAGUGCACUGGUUAAAUGACUAGAUGUUACUAGUGUGGCAAAAAUGCUACUACUAGUCAUUAGAAAAUUCUACGAGUUAACCUCUAGCACUUCACUAUUAGUAGUCAUAGUGCACAGAUGUCAAUUAGUGCACGGUUUUGCCUCUUGUGUAACAUUUAGUCAUUCUACUAGAGCGCUGAAUUGUCUUACUAAUAAGGACAACAAGCGUGCUAGGACAGUUCAGCGCACUAGUAGGAUAUCAGAUAAAUGCUCAAACGACUUUCCAUGUGUGUGCGUGAAAAAGAUGAGUUUGUUGAAGAGUAUUUUUCUCAUGUCAGAUUCUGCUGGAUGACUGGAAUUUGAGACUCAAAUUCACCCCCCAGCGCCUGAUCUCAGAAGCCUUGGAAGGAGAGCUGGAGGAGCAGCAAACAUGCUUGCGUCACCUCAAAUGUCACACAAUCACCUUGUUUCACGCUUCUUCAGUCGGACUCGGCUCACUUGUUUUGGGGGCUAUGUGCGGUAACCUGAGAAGAUCCUGUAAAUGUUUUUAUUUUAGUGACCCGGAGAAUUAUGCAAGUGUUACCUUAUUCAGAUUUCUCUUAUGAGCUUUUACACUGUACUACAAAGAGUCUUCGUAGAUGUGGUUGAGGACGGUUGUGCUUUCAAAUGUGAAAGCCAAACCUGACAUGCGCUCUCGCGUGAAUCUUUUGUCCGUUGAGACAAAUUUGAACGGAAUUUCUGUGUUCAAUGUGCAGAAUGAUAGCCACAGUAGACCUGCUCCCCAACUGUGAACAGCACUAAACCUUUCUCUCUCCACAGGCAAUGCUUAUUUGAUAACUAAGCUCGCCAAAAGCUGCUACUUUAGUGUCUAUUCCCAACUUUGAAGAUGAGCACUUGGGCUGGUGAAGUGGUUGAAGGUGCAUUGCCUGUGUGGAUAUGAAGAACCUGUGCAAAUCGUAUUAUUGCCACAAUCUUUUCUGAUAAGUAUCACAAUUACUGUGGGAGAGCCCCUACUUCCUGUGGCCCGAUGUGAAUUGUAAUGUUUCUUCCCCCCCUUCUUUCCCGCAUAGGGAAUCAGGUAUGGUAUGUCUUAACUGGAGCAAACUUUAUGCACGUCGGCUGUCUUCUGUGGGUGUUUUGCCCCCUCGCGUUGAACAGGACCCAAAACCCUGGAUGCUGAGUUGUGAUACCUCUGCGCAUUGCUCAGAUGGUGUCACGUGACAAGCUUGUACUUUGAAUUCCGUGAGUCAACAUUGAGCCUUAAAUCAGGCAAUAGUCCAGUCUCUGGGAUGUUUGCUUCUUUUGAGCAGUUUCAAGUGGGUUUUGUGGUGUGAGAUUCAUGCAGAUUGCUUCACAGGACAUGUUUCAACAUUUGGCAACACUAGUUGAUAUCUGGAAACCUCUACUGAUGUCAAAAGUGGAAAGUAGAUUUUUAAACACAACUUUAGCUUCCCCCCCCGCACCCCUUCACAGCUUAUAUAGUUAAAAGAACCCACCCCUAUUUGAAAAAUGUAUUUUGUUAACGAAUUGUACAUAAAUGAAACGUGUAUUUUUGCACAGGCAUUUUUUGUACAUGCAGGAACUUUUGGGUACCAUUUUGAAGAGUCGUUAUUUAUUUAGAAAGCCAGAAGAGAAGCCAGAAUUUGAUUAUUUUAAAGUGUUUCACUGCCAAGUCUAUAUAAUGCAAUACGUGGAUAUAUACAGUAUGUAUAGAAGCCGCUCAUGAAUCAUGGACUGAAGGUCUCUUAAGGGACAAAGGUGAAGUGUUUUUCCACUGUAGCAUGUGUCUGUUUGACAGCGAAUACCUUUAUUCACUUUUCAAGGUCUCAAAUCACAUGUGCUUUUACAACACAUAUUUUGUUGCCUAUGAAUUAACACAACUAAUGUACUUGUGUGACCUAAUCGGCCUGUGAUGGUCUUGUGUCCUGCAGGCUUCGGCUCAAUGGGCCCACCAGUCAGACACUUUACCUUAAAGAUGUCUGUUGGUGGUGGUUUUAGAAGGCUGAAGGGACUAAGUCAUUGCGAUUGCUUGCAUCAUCAUUGCCAAACGAGUAAUUUGAAUCACAGCUUUUCAAAGAAAUAUCAAAUUAAGAAAGUGCCUGAAUUUGUUUCACCCUGAGGACAGUGUUGUCAGGUUAUUUAAAAAAAUAAAUAAAAAAUAGUUUUGUUUUUUACCUUACUUGAAUGUUCAAAGUGUUGUUAUCUGCCUAUGAACUCUAAAUGUGGUCAAAAAAAAAAAAAAAACAGCUUCCCAGCUGCCCAGUAUCAAACAGUAGUGUGUGUGUGUGUGUGUGUUCAGUGAGACUGACAAUACGCUAACAGUACCUGUCAUCAGUGUGAGUCUCUGUCUGAAGCCUCUGUUAUUCUGGGCGUUGUACAACAUUCAAUCUGGUCCUUUGUUUACCUUUAAACUCCACUGACAUCUCAACUGAACUUUCCAGUAGGUGGCAAUAUGAGGAAUUAUAAUUUUUUUUUUUAAAUCGAACCAUAGACUUGGAAUGUGAACACAAGAGUACAGCUAAUGUUUGGGGGGGUUAACCAACCAUGACAAAAAGCCUGUAGAUUUCUUUUUGAUGAACAUCAAAUCUUUUUCAGCUAGACUAUGUAUUGGCUGCUAUGUAAUUCAUGAACAAAAUAUAGGUUAGAAGUAAUAUUUAAAGAAAAAGAUUGUAUAUUUGUUUUGUAACAAGUUCUGUAAAUAAAAUAAUUUAUACUAUUUAUACAAA